AUGCUCUUUGUGCUGGCCGAUGAGGCGCAUCAGAUGGGACCGACCUGCACAGCCGUGCGUCCAAAGCUAUUCGUCCCGUUGACUGAAGCCCCAGCCCUCAGGAGCCCCAGCACCGCGGACACGUCCCCGUUCGCUGACGCAGCUGACAGCUUAUCGUUCAAACGUCUUGUGUAUUUGAGCCAAUGGAGGAUGUCUCUCCGAAAUCCUCCUUACGAGCCGCCCUCGGUCUCAGAGCUGCAGGCAGUCCUGCUGGCAGGGAGACAACCAACUGGACACGUCAAUCAAGUCUGGCCUAACCUUUACAUUGGCAAUGAGGUGGCGGCUCGUGACAAGGCCACUCUUCACAGUCUGGGCAUAACUCACAUUGUGAACGCUGCUCAUGGCUCCCCCGACCCCUCUGCCGGACCCUGUUUCCACGUCAACACCGGCCCACGACGGGUGUUCGUGCACUGCCUGAUGGGCGUGAGCCGCUCUGCAACAUUAGUGCUGGCCUUCCUGAUGAUCGUAGAGGGCUUGAGGCUUCAGGAGGCAGUGGCUGCAGUCCGGCCGCACAGAGACAUCUGCCCUAACCCGGGUUUCCUGCAGCAGCUGCGCAGCCUCGACAUGAGCCUGGAAAGAGAAAGGAGGAGAAAAGUGCAGUCCAAAGCACUAGGAAAAUUCUCUGGACAAACAAUAGGCCAGUGGAACCUGUUAAUAAAGUCUGGCCACAUCUGUACAUUGGAGAUGAGUCUGUGGCGCGAGAUAAAGCCACGCUCUCCCGCUGGGUGUGACUCAUUUACUGAACGCUGGAGGUCUCCAUCGAAUCAACACAGAGGUAAGAAUCCAUAUGCAGCUGUACAGGUGGAUCCAGACAGUGACUAUAUUACCCCAGGAACCUUAGACCUGGAGCAGCUGUUUUGGACUGGGACAAUAGCUCAGUAUGCACAUGUCAAUGAGGUCUGGCCCAGUGUCUACAUUGGAGAUGAUUCUGAGUAUGUGCUGCAUGAAAACAGGAAAACAGCCCUGGAAAGACCUGGUCUGAGCGAUCUGGGUAUCACACAUGUCCUGAAUGCAGCAGAGGGGAAGUGGAAUAAUGUAUUGACUGGUGCUCACUACUACAGUGACAUGAGCAUCCAGUACUACGGCAUAGAAGCUGACGACAAACCCACCUUCAACAUCUCUCCGUACUUCUGUCCUGCAGCAGAAUUCAUCCAUGAGGCCCUCCGCCACCCACAGAACAAGGUGCUGGUACACUGUGUUAUGGGUCGGAGCAGGUCAGCAACUCUGGUCCUGGCAUACCUGAUGAUGAAGCACAGUUUAACUGUGGUGGAAGCUAUUGAGCGUGUGCGACAACAUCGUUGUAUUCUGCCUAAUCAUGGCUUCCUAAGACAACUAAGAGCCCUUGAUAUUGCAUUGCAAGAGGAAAAGCUGAGAAUAAAAAGACAGAUGCAUGACCAAUGA